AUGCAUUUCUCCAUCAGGUGGACUCUGGUCCUGCUGGGUCUGGUUCUCAUCUCUCUGUUCCCUCAGCCGGCGCGAGGUCAAGUUUCAUCGCCCAGACGAUUCCGAGCCAAAGUGCUGAGUCCCACCAAGCUGCAGGUUCUGUGGAAGGAGCCGAGAGGAGAGUUCGAAAGCUACAGAGUCGUUUACACCACCCGACCAGGUGGACAGAAGGAGGAAGUGCAGGUUUCGAAACAGGAAGCCAAGCUGACGAUCGAGGACUUUGACCCGUCCAAAGAAUACGACUUUCAAAUCGUGGCAGUCAGUGGAGGACGUGAGAGUAAACCUCUGCAGGCCAAACAUGAAGCUCAGCGAUCUGGCAUCGAGGUCGUUCGGUCUCAGCGGAGAGAAGACGCUGGCGUCACCGAGGACAACAACGAGAUCUCGGAAGCUGAAGAAGGAUUCAUGUGUAAGACUCCGGCCAUCUCCGACAUCGUGAUCCUGGUGGACGGCUCCUGGAGCAUCGGUCGCAUCAACUUCCGGCUGGUCAGGACCUUCCUGGAGAACCUGGUCCGGGCCUUCAGCGUGGACAUCCACAAGACCCGGAUCGGUCUGGCUCAGUACAGCGGAGACCCCCGGAUCGAGUGGCACCUGAACGCUCACAGCACCAAAGAGGCCGUGAUGGACGCAGUGAAGAACCUUCCGUACAAAGGAGGAAACACACUGACAGGUUUGGCUCUGACCUUCAUCCUGGAGAACAGCUUCAAACCAGAGUCUGGAUCCAGACCCGGCGUUCCCAAGAUCGGGAUCCUGAUCACGGACGGGAAGUCUCAGGACGAUGUGAUCCCCCCCGCUCGCAGCCUGAGGGACGCCGGCAUCGAGCUGUUCGCCAUCGGUGUGAAGAACGCUGACGAGAACGAGCUGAAGGGCAUCGCCUCCCCCCCCGAGGACACGCACGUCUACGUGGUGGCCGACUUCGCGGUGAUGAGCGACAUCGUGGAAGGUUUGACCAAGACCGUGUGCGAGCGCAUGGAGCAGCUGGACAAGCAGCUCCGAGGGGGGUCUCCCGUUCUGCCUCCCACCUCCAUAGCUCCGCCCCGUGACCUGGUGACCUCUGACAUCACAGCUCGCAGCUUCCGCGUGGCGUGGACUCACGCUCCGGGUCAGGUGGAGAAGUACCGGGUGGUCUACUACCCGGCCAGCGGGGGGCAGCCGGAGGAGAAGGUGGUUCCCGGCUCGGACGACAGCGUGGAGCUGACCUACCUCAACUCGCUGACGGAGUACCAGGUCGCCGUGUUCGCCGUCUACCGCAGCACGGCGAGCGCGGCGCUGAGAGGCAGCGCCACCACACUGGCGCUGCCGAUGGUGAACGAGCUGGAGCUGUUUGACAUCACUCACAGCACCAUGAGGGUUCGCUGGAAGGUCGCCGCCGGGGCUUCUGGGUACAUGAUCCUCUACGCCCCGCUCACUGAGGGAGACCCUGCGGACGAGAAAGAGGUGAAGGUGUUGGACUCGGUGAACGAGGUGGAGCUGGAGGCGUUGACCCCGGCCACAGAGUACACGGUGACGGUGUACGCCAUGUACGGCGAGGAGGCCAGCGACCCCAUGACCAGUCAGCAGACCACACUUCCUCUGACUCCGGCGAGGAAUCUGCAGUUCUCAGACGUGGACCAUAGCUCCGCCCAGCUCACGUGGGACUCCGCCUCCAGGAAGGUGAACGGUUACCGCAUCAUGUACGUGAAAACCGACGGGGUCCUGACCAAUGAGGUGGAGGUCGGCCGUGUGACCACCUGGCUGCUGAGGAACCUCACGUCCCUGACGGAGUACACGGUCGGCGUGUUCGCCGUCUACGACGAGGGACAAGCUGAGGCCGUGACCGACAGCUUCACCACCAAGACUGUUCCAGACCCACUCAACAUGAAGACCAGUGACAUCUCCACUGACAGCUUCAGGGUGUCAUGGCAACACCCGGCCACUGAUGUGGUUCUGUACCGACUCAUCUGGACGCCGACUGACGGAGGAGACGGUCAGGAGGCUCUGGUGAAUGGAAACCUCAACACCUUCCUGAUCCGACGCCUCAGCCCGAACUCGGAGUACGAGGUCCUGCUCGCGGCCGUGUACGCAAACGAGGUCGAGAGCGACGAGGUCAUCCUGGUCGAGUCCACCGUUGAAAGAACAACCACCGUCGCCACGACAACCACCGUAACAGCAGCUCCUCGUUUCGGGGUGAGGAACAUGAGGAUCGAUGAUGAAACCACCUACAGCCUGCGAGUGUCCUGGCAGCCGCUCGACUCCCGGAACCUCCGACAUUAUCGACUCAGCUACAUCAGCGCCAAGGGCGACCGGGCGGAGGAGACGAGGACAGUGCCCAGUGGACAGAGCAGCCUGGUCCUUCAGCCUCUUCUCUCCGACACCGAGUACAAAGUGGCCGUCACGCCCGUCUACCCCGAGGGAGACGGACCGGCCGCCGCUCGGAUGGGACGAACACUUCCUCUUUCAGCCCCGAGGAACCUGCGCGUGUCGGAGGAGUGGUACAACCGCUUCAGGAUCAGCUGGGACGUCCCCCCCUCCCCCACCAUGGGCUACAGGGUCGUCUACCAGCCGCUAUCUGCCCCCGGGCCGGCCCUGGAGACCUUCGUGGGCGAGGACGUGAACACGAUGCUGAUCGUGAACCUGCUCAGCGGGACGGAGUACAGCGUGAAGGUCAUCGCCUCCUACACCACCGGCUCCAGCGACGCUCUGUCGGGGAAGGCCAAGACCCUUGACCUGAGGGUCACCGGCCUGAGUGUGACCCAGGUGAGGAUGACGGGUCUGUGCGCCCAGUGGACGCCGCACCGACACGCCAGCGCCUCCCGGGUGGUGGUGGAGUCGCUGCUCAACGGACAGAAGCAGGAGAGCAAGCUGGGCGGGGGGGCCAAUCGACACUGUUUCAACAACCUGAAGCCGAACACACAGUACAAGAUCAGUGUGUACGCCCAGCUGCAGGACGCCAGCGAGGGACCUGCAGUCACCGCUGUGGAGAGGACACUUCCCGUCCCGACUCCGGCGCCCACCAAGCCCCCCACCACCACCGCGCCACCCACCAUCCCCCCGGCUAAAGAAGUCUGUAAAGCAGCCAAGGCCGACCUGGUCUUCCUGGUCGACGGCUCCUGGAGCAUCGGUGACGAGAGCUUCCUGAAGAUCAUCCGCUUCCUGUCCAGCACGACCGGAGCUCUGGACGUGAUCGGGCCGGACGGAACUCAGGUCGCCAUGGUCCAGUUCAGCGACGACGCUCGCACCGAGUUCAAGCUGAACUCGUACGGAGACAAGGAGCGGCUGCUGGACGCCAUCAACAGGAUCUCCUACAAGGGAGGGAACACAAAGACGGGUCGAGCCAUCCAACACGUGAAGGACAAGAUCUUCACGGAGGAGGGCGGAGUCAGGAGGGGAAUCCCCAACGUGCUGGUGGUCCUCACGGACGGACGCUCCCAGGACGACGUCAACAAGGUUUCCAAGGAGAUGCAGAUGGAAGGUUACAUCGUGUUUGCGAUCGGAUUCGCUGACGCGGACUACGGCGAGCUGGUGAGCAUCGCCAGCUCGCCCAGCGACAGACACGUCUUCUUCGUGGACGACCUGGACGCCUUCAAGAAGAUCGAGGAGAAGCUGGUGACCUUCGUGUGCGAAGCCGCCACCGCCACUUGUCCUUCGGUACCAAUGAGUGGCAGCACAACACCAGGUUUCCGGAUGAUGGAGCUGUUCGGCCUGGUGGAGAAUCGGUACAGCAGCGUCUCCGGUGUUUCCAUGGUUCCCGGGACCUUCAACCUGUUCCCGUGCUUCCACCUGCACAGCGACGCCCUGCUGGCCCAGCCCACCAGGUUCCUCCACCCUGAGGGUCUCCCCUCGGACUACACCAUCAGCCUGCUGUUCAGGCUCCUCCCCCGGACCCCCGAGGAGCCCUUCGCCCUGUGGGAGGUCCUGAACAAGAACAACGAGCCGCUGGUGGGAGUCAUCCUGGACAACGGAGGAAAGACGCUGACGUUCUUCAACCACGACUACAAAGGAGAGUUUCAGACGGUGACGUUCGAAGGGACGGAAAUCAAGAAGCUCUUCUACGGGAGCUUCCACAAGCUUCACAUCGCCAUCAGCAAGACCAGCGCCAAGGUGGUGAUCGACUGCAAGAUGGUGGCGGAGAAAAGCAUCAGCGCCGCGGGAAACAUCACCACCGACGGGCUGGAGGUUCUGGGCCGGAUGGUUCGAUCCAGAGGGAACAAGGACAGCUCUGCACCGUUCCAGCUCCAGAGCUUCGACAUCGUGUGCAGCACGUCCUGGGCCAACAGAGACAAGUGCUGCGAGCUUCCUGGUCUGAGGAAAGAGGUCGACUGUCCGGCUUUACCCAAAUCCUGCACCUGCACCCAGGACAGCAAAGGCCCCCCCGGCCCCACGGGACCCCCAGGAGGCCCUGGAAUCAGAGGAGCCCGAGGUGAUCGUGGAGAGCCAGGCCCGGUGGGCCUGACCGGUCCAGUGGGCGAUGCGGGUGUACCAGGACCUCAGGGACCCCCGGGACCACAAGGACACAGCGGACGCUCCAUCAUCGGACAACCAGGGGCGCCAGGAGAGAGAGGGCAGAAAGGUGAGGCCGGACAACAAGGCACACAGGGAGUGGCUGGUCGAGCUGGAGCUACAGGCAGAGAAGGACCACCAGGACCCAGAGGCCUCACAGGGAAAGACGGCCUGCAGGGCCGGGCCGGGCCCCCGGGCACCAUCGGGACGCCAGGCGCCCCGGGCGCUCCAGGAAACACCGGCGCUACAGGGAAACACGGCGAGCUGGGACCUCCGGGUGCUGCCGGAGGCAAGGGAGAGAAAGGAGAACGGGGCGACCUGCAGUCGUCGGCGUCGGUCCAGGCCAUCGCCCGGCAGGUGUGUGAGCAGCUGAUCCAGAGCCACAUGGCGAGAUACAACUCCAUCCUGAACCACGUGCCCAGUCCGCCAGUGUCCGUCCGCACCGUGCCAGGACCCCCUGGGGAGCCCGGGCGCCAGGGGACCCCGGGGACCCAGGGAGAGCAGGGGCCGUCGGGCAGACCCGGGUUCCCAGGACAGAACGGGCAGAACGGGCAGCCUGGAGAGAGAGGUCAAACAGGAGAGAAGGGGGAGAAGGGAUCUUUAGGAGUCGGAGUCCAAGGCCCCCGAGGACCUGCCGGACCCCCAGGUGCUCAGGGUCAGGGCAGACAAGGGAACCAGGGUUCGUCAGGGCGACCCGGGAACCCUGGGGCCUCAGGUCGGCCGGGGGUCCCUGGUCCUGUCGGCCCCUCGGGACCCCCGGGGUACUGUGACCCCAACUCCUGUGUGGGCUACAACGUGGGAGAGGCUGAGGAUGACUCUCACGGCGCCGCUGUCCCCGCAGUGCAACUGCCGUCCGAUGUUUUCCAGAACUACGGCGAGGCGGAUGAGGACGACCCGUACCGCUACUACCAGCCCAACUACCCCGCCCCCCGGCCCGUGUCACCUGACGACCCGGCGUUCGGACAGGACGACAUCGAGCUGACGUCGCCCGGCGUCCGGCGCAGCGCACGCAGCCUGGAGGGGGAGGAGCCAAGGCUGGGGCCCAAGAGGAGGCUAAAGAGGGGAGGGACUAACUAG